AGUCCCGCCGCACCCGCCCAGAGCCAGCUCCGCGUCCCGGCCGGCCCGCGCGCGGCUGCCCGCUCCGCCGCCAUGGCCACGUCCCCGCAGAAGUCGCCCUCUGUCCCCAAGUCCCCCACUCCCAAGUCGCCCCCGUCCCGGAAGAAAGAUGACUCCUUCUUGGGGAAACUCGGAGGGACGCUGGCCCGGAGGAAGAAAGCCAAGGAGGUAUCGGAGCUUCAGGAGGAAGGCAUGAACGCCAUCAACCUGCCUCUCAGCCCGAUCCCCUUCGAGCUGGACCCAGAGGACACCAUGCUGGAGGAGAAUGAAGUGCGAACAAUGGUGGACCCAAACUCCCGCAGCGACCCCAAACUGCAAGAACUGAUGAAGGUAUUAAUUGACUGGAUUAAUGAUGUGCUUGUCGGAGAAAGAAUCAUCGUGAAAGAUCUGGCUGAAGAUUUAUACGACGGACAAGUCCUACAGAAGCUCUUUGAGAAGCUUGAGAGUGAGAAGCUGAACGUUGCUGAAGUCACCCAGUCAGAGAUUGCUCAGAAGCAAAAGCUGCAGACUGUCCUGGAGAAGAUCAAUGAAACCCUGAAACUUCCUCCCAGGAGCAUCAAGUGGAACGUGGACUCUGUUCAUGCCAAGAGCCUGGUAGCCAUCUUGCAUCUGCUGGUUGCUCUGUCCCAGUAUUUCCGGGCACCAAUCCGACUCCCAGAUCAUGUCUCCAUCCAAGUGGUUGUGGUCCAGAAACGAGAAGGAAUCCUCCAGUCUCGGCAAAUCCAAGAGGAAAUAACUGGUAACACAGAGGCUCUCUCCGGAAGGCAUGAACGUGAUGCCUUUGACACCUUGUUCGACCACGCGCCAGACAAACUCAAUGUAGUGAAAAAGACACUCAUCACUUUUGUGAACAAGCACCUGAAUAAACUGAACCUGGAGGUCACCGAACUGGAAACCCAGUUUGCAGAUGGGGUGUACCUGGUGCUGCUCAUGGGGCUCCUGGAGGGCUACUUUGUGCCCCUGCACAGCUUCUUCCUGACCCCGGACAGCUUUGAACAGAAGGUCUUGAAUGUCUCCUUUGCCUUUGAGCUCAUGCAAGACGGGGGAUUGGAAAAGCCAAAGCCACGGCCAGAAGACAUUGUCAACUGUGACCUGAAAUCCACACUCCGAGUGUUGUACAACCUCUUCACCAAGUACCGGAACAUGGAGUGAGGGGCACACCGGCCCGCUCCCCCACCGCCCUCGCCUGCUUGUUCCCGUGUCCAGCUCUGUGCUCUCCUGCCGAGCCAGCUCCCGCCCAGGGACAGCAAGGCUGGAGUUAGGAAGGAAAGGCUCAGUAACUCAGUGGGCUGGCUCGCACCUCCCAGGCCCUGGGGACUGACGGGCCAUCGCUCCCACC